CCACGUCGUGCAAAGGGUGUGGUCGUCCCCACGGACCCUUGAGGAAGGUGCUGCAAGUCAUCCCUUGCGGCAGCUCCCGCUUGCAAACUAUGCACCCCGCCACCACCUUAGCUCCCCUGACAAGACCACCUAGUACACUGCAGCUCCUCGAGGUACGAAUACCGGACACAGUCUCACAAUCAAUGUCUCGACCUUCUCCCUCCCAAUUUCGGCUGUAGACCUGUCCAGUUUACCAACUGGCCUGGAGCAGCCCGACCCGACCCGACCCGACCUGUCCCGUCACCAUGUCGAAUCCGCAAAGCGUCGCUGGCAGCGAGUCCGAGUUCGAGUUUGUCGAGACUCCCAAGGCCUUAAUAACCCCCGAGAAGGUCGAGGACUGCGGAGUCCGCACAACUUCCUAUCCCGCCAUAAAAAACGCCCCAUUACCUGCUGAUGCGGCCGGCACCGAAAGCUUCUCCAACAUCCUGCUCUUCUCCCUCAUCGCCGGCGUCCCCAUCUGCCUGUCGUGGAAGGCCGGCGGCGGCUGGAAGACGGCCUUGUUCAUAGCUCUCUUCACGUCGGUCCCGCUGUUGUGCACCUUCUGGCUUGUUGCUGGCGCCAUUUCGCCCCGCAAGAACGAGAAGGCCAAGUAUCCCGGCCGUCCUGUAGAGCACUACCUGAUCUUCAAGAAGCCCGCGGACCAGGCAAAAUACCAUGGCAAGAACAAGAUCCCCAUGUGGAUCUUUUUCGAGAUGUACUUUGACGGCGACGUCGAGUUCAACGGCGACUGCCUCGACGUGCUCGAGUACCGCCAUGACUGGGCCAGCUUCCGCUUCACCUUUGGCCUCAUCAAGUUCUUCCUCGCCGGCAUGAUUCCCGAGACGAUAAUGCAUACUCGGUCCCAAGACGAGGAACAGGUGCGCGACCACUACGAUCGCGGUGAUGAUUUCUACGGCUGGUUCCUCGGCCCGCGCAUGAUCUACACGUCGGGCAUCAUCUCGGAUAUCAACAAGGAGGAGGCGCUGGAGCAGCUCCAGGACAACAAGCUCGCCAUUGUCUGCGAGAAGAUCGACCUCCAGAAGGGCGAGAGGCUCCUCGAUAUUGGUUGUGGAUGGGGCACGCUGGCCCGCUUCGCCAGCGUCCAGUACGGAGCCAAGGCCACCGGCAUCACGCUUGGUCGCAACCAGACGGCCUGGGGUAACAGCGCCUUGCGCAGAGCUGGCGUGCCCGAGGAACAGAGCAAGAUCCUGUGCAUGGACUACCGUGAUAUCCCGGUUCCCGCCGGCGGCUACCACAAGAUCAUAUGCCUCGAGAUGGCUGAGCACGUGGGCAUCCGCCACUUCGCCGGCUUCCUGAGGCAGGUCUACGACAUGCUGGACGACGACGGCGUCUUCUUCCUCCAGAUUGCCGGCCUCCGCAAGGCUUGGCAGUAUGAGGAUCUCGUCUGGGGCCUCUUCAUGAAUAAGUACGUCUUCCCCGGGGCCGACGCCUCCACACCGCUGGGCUUCUUCGUCGACAAGGCCGAGGGCGCCGGCUUUGAAGUCAGGGCUAUCGACACAAUUGGCGUCCACUACUCGGCUACUCUCUGGCGAUGGUACCGUAACUGGCUGGCCAACCGGGACAAGGUUGAGGCCAAGUACGGAAAACGGUGGUUCCGCAUCUGGGAGUUUUUCCUCGGCUGGUCGACCAUCGCGUCGCGCCAGGGCUCUGCCACGUGCUACCAGAUUGUCAUGGCCAAGAACAUCAACUCUAAACACAGAGUCGAGGGCAUUCCCUCCCAGUUCGCCCUCAGCGGCGCCCUCGGUUUGACCAGGGCCGACAUGAACUCUUGGGCCGAGGCCGAAGCAGUAGAGUUUCCCAUCGUCGCCACGCACUGAGCGGUCCCUGUCGUUGCGGAAGAGACCUUAAGAGUUUCUUUAUCUCAGGAUGGCUGCUUUCCAUUCCUGGGGCAUUGGUUUCGUAACAGGUCCGAGGAGGGUGAAACGGGGUCAGUGGAGAUUCCUUGUUAGGCAUGGUGAUAGACAAAAAUUAAGAGGAAUAAAAAGCAAGAGACCUGAAAGGGAACCGCAGGGUAAAAGCUGUAAAAUAGUCCUAAAUGCCUCGGGAAGGCUAGACGGAAAGGUGUAUUAUACUGUACUGUAGUUGGUGUAAGGGCCUCUAGACUGGCCCUCGUGAAACCUGGAAUCAAAAUAUUAAUUUCAUCCA